UAAAUUUGCUUCAUACAAAUGCUAAAUUACCUAUGAAUCAUGAAUUUCCUGAUGAAAUAAUUUCAUCUGGCUUAAGCUUAGAACGUCAGUGGUAUCUAUAUGAAGAGGUAAGGCAGCAUAUUCAAAAUCAAUCUAAAUGCGAUGCUUAUUGUCCAAAACCACAACAACCUAAACCAAAAAAGCAACAUAAAAAAUAA